AUGGGUCCUCGCUCCAACAUGAAGAAGUCUGGAUACGAAGACAUUGAGGCUGGCAAGGACAAGACCGUGCCGCUGCGCUCCCUCGCGGUGCUGCUCAUCCCAUACUUUUGGCCCCAAGGAUUCUUUCUGAAACUUCGAGUGGCUGUGUCGCUGUCCCUCGUCGCUGCGUCGCGCAGCUUCCGCGUCCUGUCGCCGUUGUUUUUGAAGGAUGCCACGAAUGAACUGGCGUCCACUGGGACACUACCCCUCCGCUCGUUGGCGCUCUAUUGCGCGGCGCUGUUCUUGUCGUCCACGGCCAAGCAAGUACAAACAUACUCGUAUCUUCGCGUCAAGCAGCAUGCGUACACGAAUGUGUCGUCCACGGUAUUUGCCCACUUGCAUCAAAUGUCGAUGCAUUUUCACUUGACGAAGAAGACGGGAAAGAUCAUGCGGGUACUCGAUCGGGGGUUAGACAGCACCGAUAGCAUUGUAAACGUGCUAUUUUUUCGUUUUGUGCCGACGUUGUGCGAGGUGGCAGCCGUGUCGCUUGUGUUUGCAUUUGCAUUUAACGACCACUGGCUCUCCGUGGUGACCGUCUCCAGCGUCAGCUUAUAUACAGUCGUUACGUUUAUCGGGACUAGCGUGCGGUUGCGCUUCAAGACCCAGAGCAACCUCCAUGAUAACGACGCAAAUGAAAAGGCUGUGGACAGCCUGACCAAUUUUGAAACGGUCAAGUACUUCAACGCGGAAAAGUAUGAAACCGAGCGGUAUAUGGCGUCCAUCGACCGAUAUCAGCAGUCGACGUACCUCACGAGAGGGUAUUUGAAUGCGCUUAAUGUGGCGCAGCAGUUGAUUCAGUCGACGUGUUUGUUUGUGUGUAUGGCCAUCACUGGCAUCAAAGUGUCCCAAGGACACUUGACCGUGGGCGAUUUCGUCGCGGUGGGGUCGUACAUAUUGAAUAUUUUCAAACCGUUGGAUUCCCUCGGUGCGAUUUACAACACAAUUGUCCAAUCUAUCGUGGACAUGUCCAAUCUGGUCGAGUUGCUGCACCAAACCCCCGACGUACUUGAUAAGGACGACGCCAAGUCGCUGGUCGUGUCGGCAACUCCGACGUCGUCGCCGUCUUCUUCCAGAGGUUUUACCAGCUCCCAACGGCGCUAUCAACCGACAGUGCAAUUUGAUCACGUUUCGUUCACAUAUCCCGGGCAGCCGUCAGCCAACGGAUUAAAGAAUAUCAGCUUUACCAUCGGUCCAGGCCAAACUUUGGCGGUGGUGGGGACGACCGGGGCAGGGAAAAGUACCCUGAGUCGGCUGCUAUUUCGGUUCUACGAUGUGACCGCCGGUCGAAUUUUGAUUGACGGGCAGGACAUUUCAAAUGUGGACCAAAAGUCGCUGCGCCAAGUGCUCGGGAUUGUACCCCAAGAUGCAGUCAUGUUUAACGAUUCGAUCUACUACAAUAUACAUUACGGUCGGCUCUCUGCAUCAAAGGCCGAAGUUGAAGCUGCGGCCAAGGCGGCCAAUUUGGACUCGUUUCUUGCGUCGUUGCCAGAUGGUCUCGACACCAAGGUGGGCGAACGUGGGCUCAAAUUGUCUGGCGGGGAAAAGCAGCGGGUGGCCAUCGCGCGGGCGAUUCUCAAGAACCCCAAGGUCAUGGUGCUGGACGAAGCCACGUCGGCGCUGGACACGAGCACGGAGCGCAGCAUUUACGAAGAACUGCAGCGGAUUUGUGCUCAUCGCACCACGCUGGUGAUUGCCCAUCGAUUGUCGACGAUCCGAGAAGCACACGAGAUUCUGGUCUUGGACCAUGGACAAAUGCUCGAACGCGGGUCACAUGACCACCUCAUUGCGCAAAACGGAGUGUACGCGUCGAUGUGGUGUGCCCAGCAAACGUCGGCAAUCAGCAUGGACGGCGAUGCCACCAGUCAAGACAUCUAG